AUGGGUUCGUCAAGCGUCUUCGGCGACGCCUUCAGUCAAAGCGGCCGCUCGUCUCGCCACCACACAGCCAGCCGCCGUCACAGCCACAAGAAGCGUCGCUCUCGCUCCGAGUCGCGCUCGCCGCCGCCGCGCUCCCGAUCAAGAUCCAGGUCCAGAUCCAGAUCCAGAUCUCCCCGGAGCCGUGGUUCGGGCUUCUUUGGCGGCGAGGGCAGCAGCUAUCGCAAGAACAAUGGCUCGCGCGGCUCGUUCUUCGGCCUGGGCGGCAACAACAGCCGCUCCAGCUUGUUUGGAAACCGCCGCCCUUCGUACUAUAAACGCUCUCCCCGCGAGGGCUUCCUGCAGCGCUGCCUCAAGCAGCUCAAGCGCCUCCUCCGCGAUCUCCAGCACUACGCCAAGCGCCACCCGUGGAAGGUCUUCUUCCUCGUCAUCGUGCCUCUCGUCACCGGCGGUGCCCUGACGGCCCUGCUCGCGCGCUUCGGCCUCCGCAUCCCGCCGUCCAUCGAGCGCAUGCUGGGCGUGGCCAAGCGCGCCGCUACUGGCGAUCCCUUUACCGCCGUCAACGACGCCGUCCGCAUGGCUGGCGAGUACGGCCACGGCAACGGCGGCAACGGCAGCAACGCCGUUCAGUCCUAUGUCCGUGGAAGUCGCGUCGAGCGUGGUCGCAGCGGCGAUAUGCGAUGGGAGCGCAAGGCCUACUACGAUGACAUUGAGCGAGAAAGUCGCGGCGGCUUAGUAGAUGGCAUCCGCAAUGGCGUGUCCAAGUUCUUUUCAUGA